GAGGAGCCAGCCAGCCAGCUUGUCCAUUCUCUCUCUCUCAUCUCCACACACCAUGUCCAUCUCACCACCUUCAUCCCUGUUGCAUCUAUCUAGACCAUCUUCACUCAGACCCACACCAUCCACUCGCAGGCAUCGAUCCAGUAGUAUCCAUAGCAGUGGCGUAGAGAAUAUGUCCAUGUCGUCCUCUGGGUCAUCGUCGACAUCCUUUAGGCGAUUCUCUCUCACAGACCCAACAGCGACAGCAGCUCCAGCUCCAGCCGCCUCUUUCUCAUCCUCUGCUGCAUCAUCCUCAUCCUCCUCUCACUCCUCCUCCUCCUCUCGACCACUCCACCCCAUGUCAUUCUCUCAAAUCUCACUCCACCUUCCCGACAGCGAUGGAGAUCAACGAGCUUGUGUCGCUAAGCGAGGAAGUCACACAUCCACAGACAUCCUGUCUACAUUGGCAGAAGGCUCUGUAGGACUCGCCGUACCUAGAGAUCGGUGGCAGCCCGAUUGUUCCUCAGCCCUCUGCAGCUUUCCAUGUUGUACUGCCCUCUUCGCUCCACCCGAGAACAGAAGCUACUUUGCUCUCUAUCGCAGAAGACAUCACUGUCGUCUGUGCGGGUUACUCUUUUGUGCCGAUCACACGACUCAACGUGCCCCAGUCACCGUGACCGAUGCCAACGGAGCUCAAUCCAUCGUCAGUGAACGAGUCUGCGACGUGUGCAUCCCUCCACCCAGAGACGGCGGGGCUGGCCUCUCGGGACAACCUUCUCGCCGUGGCAGUCAAACAUCCUCCGUCACCGAUUCCAACCGACUUUCCGAGACCAUUCUCACCCCUUCCGAAGAAGUCCCUAUCCUCAACGCUUCACUCGUCUGUUCUCAAGUCUCCAGUCCAGUGCACGCUUCACCCGAACAGCUCGCCCCCAUUCAAUCGUGGAUGGAUGCAUCUGGCAUUCUGUCACUCUACCCCCUCGCAGUCAAUGCAUCCCAUUCUGGUCGUCCACCCUCCAAUCCAUCCGCACCACCCCUUUUCACUCGUCGUGACAAAUCACCCGUACAAACACUCCAUCAACGUCGUCAAGCCAAACAUGCCGAGCUUUGGAUUCCUGAAAAAUGGGGUUACAAGCGCGAACAGUUCGAUGUCACCUAUCAUCAGGAUUUCGACGGCGAUUCCGAUGCAGAGGAACCUGCAGGUGGUAUCGUCGAAGAUGGCCCUUUCAGAUAUCGAGCGCCCGCCAAACGAGCCGUCAAUCCGGCUCGUACACCCACGCUCUCGAGGCAGAGCUCAGUAGGCGAGCUCAGCAAGGCACCCAGGGUGCAUGUCAAUCUCUAGAUAACAUCCUGCAUAAAUCAACCAUAUUCUUUCAGGUUGUAUUUUUAUUAGAAUUCUUUUUUCAAUUGUUGUCUGUGCAUAAGGUUUUCUCCCCGCCCCACCAACCAAAGAAGC